AUGCAUAAAUAUACAAAAAAUAAAUUUAAAUAUUUGUCACUAUGUGAAGAAAGAAUAAAAUUUCGAAAUCGACUUGUUGAUGUAAUAAAGAGAAAAGUACUGGAAGAAAGAGAAAAGCAAAAAAGGGAGGAGAUAUUUUAUGAAUUCGAUAUAAAAGAAAUAGAAAAAAAGGAUGAAGAUAUAAUUAUAAAAGACGAAAAAGAGAUUUUACAAUACUAUUAUUAUUUGAUACAAGGUAUCGAUGAUGUUUACAUAGGAUCAAUAGAUAUUAAUCUUUUGAAAAAUAUACUAAAUCGUAUUCCAACCAAAUGGAAAGAAAUAUACAAAAAUACUUUAGAUGGUUUAGUGAAAGAAGUAAAAGAUGAAUAUAUAUUCAGUAUAAAGAAAGCAGUUAUAGAAUUCGUUAUAGGAGAGUCGCAAUAUCCCUCGUUAUAUGAGUUUGCUGCAAUUGAGAAGUUUCAAUUUAAAGGAGUACGAUUUUCAAAGGAGCAUGAAGUUCAAUAUCAUUGGAACAGAGCGAAAAUCGAGAGAAAGUUGAUAUUAUAUCAUCCUAUUAUACGACGAAUUUUUGAUUUCUGGAAUCGAGAAUUCAGUGACUGCAAGUUUUUAUGCGAAGCGGAAUUGGCAAGCCGGGAAUUUAUUACGGAUCUUGAAGUAUUCGAGAGAACUAUUUCAAAAAUGUUUCAUAAAACAAAGGAGGAUCUUCUAAAAUAUUGCUUACCAAAAAUUCAAGCGUUUUUUAUUACGGCACUCCACCGAGACGAGUUACCACGUCGAAGCUCUGCAAAGUAUCGAAAAUUGUUUAAUUGCGUCGCUGUCAUCAUGGAAGAAGAAUUGCGAGGAGUUUUUUUGCGUUCGGUAGAAGAGUUUUUCAAUUAUCUUCACAACAAAAACCAAAAGCGUCGUGGCUUUGACAUAAAAGUAAUAGUGCGAAACGAACGGAUAAUAUUCGAACCAACGUUUAGUGGCUUUGUGGAAGCGUUUUCGACGAUAUUAAAUUUUUUUCGAGAGACUGUUAACGUGUUUCCACGCAUUGAAACACUGUUGAAUGAAACCUUUGAUCCUAAUAAAAAAUUACUCCAGCCGUAUAUAUCGACAGAAUUUUUGAACAAGUGCAAAGAAGAUAUCGAGCAACUAAUCGAGAGAGAAAAAGUUGGCCCGAUUGAACAUGUAAAAAUAUUUGAAAAGUAUGAGAAUUUUAUAAUCGAAUUGGAAUCGAGUAAAGUCGAAGAAUUUAAAAAACUCGAUACGUCGGAAAACUUCGAUAAAUAUCGCGAUCUAAUAGACUAUUACGAUCGUUUGUCCCGCGAUGUGACAGUCGAAUACACUGAAACUUAUUACGCCGGAUUUUUCAUUGUACGUCGUAAAGAUAUUGUUAAAUAUAUUUCUACGGCAGCACAAAAAUUUAAAAAUAUAUUGGUCACCAAAAUGAUCAGCGAGUAUCAGCAAAAAUCUCGAGCCGUGGGAAACGAGUAUCAACGAAUCGUAGAUCGUGCACUAACCGUUCCAGCGAACACGAAGGAAUUGGUGGAACUGCGAAAAUUCAUACAUACCACGGAAACAGAAACUAUUUCCGAAUUAGAAACUCGAUUAAGGGAAAUUAUUAAAUAUAUCGUUAUGCUGUCGGAUUAUUCCGUCUUAAGCGCUAUCGAGCUAAAACUCAAUAAUUUCGCUUUCCAAUGGUUUGACAAGCUUCCGGAUAUUUUCGAGGAACACAGAAAGAUAGUUGCAAGCAAAAUUGGAGAAUUUCAAAAUACUCUUAAGAGGAAAAUCGAACAGUUCACACGGGAUCUCGAGCUGUACGCGAAAUAUUGCAACGAAUUACAGUAUUGGGGCAACGUAGAAGAGAUAUUUCGAUACAGAGACAAAGCUAUAUAUUUGGAAAACAAAUUGAUCACAGCAAUGGAUACGAUCGAUGAAUUUAAUGAGGAAGAAGAAUUAUUCGGUUGGGAAUUAUCCCAAUAUCCUUUACGGAAAGCGACAGCCGACAAAUUGAUGCCAUUUAAAAGAUUGUACGAUAUAUCUUGUGAGUUUUUAAACAACUACGAAAAAUGGAUGGAUUCGGUAAUAGGUACUUACGAGCCGGAUGAGAUCGACAUAGAAACAGGAACCGCUUUUCGUACAAUCUACAGAUUAGAAAAGAUUAUACAAGAACCGAUAGCGAAAAGUCUCGCUGAAACUAUGCGGUUAAAGAUAGAGGAAUUCAAAGAGCACAUGCCUAUUAUAUAUACUCUUGGAAAUACGUCUAUGAAGAGCCGUCAUUGGGAACAAGUGUCGGAAAUUGUCGGCUUUCCUAUAAAGAUCGACGAGACGAUGACACUUGCCAAGAUUCUCGAUUUGAAUUUGAUGGACUACGUUGCGAAAUUCGAAGCAAUAGCGGAAGCAGCCACAAAGGAAGGUACCUUGGAAAAAUCAUUGGAACGAAUGCAUCGUGAUUGGGAAGAGAUAUCAUUCACUGUUAAUCCUUAUCGCGAUACUGGCACCUAUGUAAUUGCCAGUGUAGACGAAAUACAAAUACUCUUGGACGAUCACUUGAUCAAGACUCAAACGAUGAAGAAUUCUCUUUAUAUCAAACCAUUCGAAAAAGAGACGUUAGAAUGGGAGGCCAAACUAUUAUUGUUACAAAACAUCAUGGAUUAUUGGUUAAUAGUACAAUCAACGUGGAUGUAUCUGGAACCGAUAUAUACAUCACCCGAUAUUCAAAAGCAAAUGCCAGAGGAAAGUCGACGUUUUAGUGCUGUGGACAAAAUUUGGAGGGAAAUUAUGUCAAUUGUAGUGGAGGAUCCUCGAGUUAUGUCAGUCGUUGGAAUCGAUAAAAUGCUGGAAAAAUUUAAGAAAUGUACAAACUUGCUAGAUUUAAUACAGAAAGGACUUACCGCCUAUUUGGAAAAGAAAAGAUUGUACUUCCCACGAUUCUUUUUCUUGUCGAAUGAUGAACUCUUGGAAAUAUUAUCGGAAACGAAAGAUCCUACCAGAGUGCAACCGCAUCUAAAGAAAUGCUUCGAAGGAAUUGCAGAAGUAAAGUUUACCGAAUAUGAUUACAUAAUAACAGCUAUGAGAUCCUCUGAAGGAGAGGAAAUUGUUCUUGAGGUCACUAUUGAUACAAUGGCUGCUCGAGGCCAAGUUGAAAAAUGGUUACUUGAACUUGAAUUUGCUAUGAAGAAAAGCGUUAAAGCACAGGUAAUUCGAGCAAAGGAUGCGUAUUUAAUAGAGGUUAGAACACAAUGGGCUUUACAUUGGCCUGGUCAGACUAUUCUCUGUAUCAGUAAACUUUACUGGACAACCGAUGUGACAGCGGCCCUAUCAAAAUCUUUACAAGCUGUAAAAGAUUACAUCGAUGUUUGUACACACGAAUUGAAUGAAAUAGUAAAAUUAGUACGUGGUAAAUUAACAAAACAGAACCGUGUAACAUUGGAGGCAUUGGUUACAAUGGACGUCCAUAGCCGAGAUGUUGUAUCUGGAUUGUACGAAAAACGAAUUUCCCAACCGACGAAUUUCCAGUGGUUGGCUCAACUAAGAUACUAUUGGAUGGAAGAUAAUUUAUGGUCAACGAUGAUAAAUACGUCUUUAAGAUACGCAUACGAGUAUCUGGGCAACACAUCUAGGUUGGUCAUAACACCGUUAACCGAUAGAUGCUAUCGUACUUUAUUCAGCGCUCUAAGCUUGCAUCUUGGCGGUGCGCCUGAAGGUCCAGCCGGAACUGGGAAGACUGAGACUACUAAGGAUUUAGCUAAGGCUGUAGCCAAGCAGUGUGUUGUAUUUAAUUGUUCCGAAGGUUUGGAUUACAUAGCUUUGGGUAAAUUUUUUAAGGGAUUGGCAAGUACCGGAGCAUGGUCUUGUUUCGACGAAUUUAAUCGGAUCGAUUUGGAAGUAUUGUCAGUGGUGGCACAGCAAAUCUUAACUAUUCAACGAGCCAUUAAUGCUGGACACGAUUCGAUAAUUUUUGAAGGUACCGAGAUCUCGUUAGAUCCCACCUGUGCUGUUUUUAUUACGAUGAAUCCCGGUUAUGCUGGAAGAACCGAGCUUCCUGAUAACUUGAAAGCGCUGUUUCGACCAGUUGCAAUGAUGGUGCCGGAUUAUGCUUUGAUCGCCGAAAAUACGUUAUACUCGUACGGAUUUUACGAGGCACGACCACUUUCGGUAAAAAUCGUAACAGCUUACACGUUGUGCUCGGAACAAUUGUCCAGUCAAAAUCAUUACGAUUAUGGAAUGAGAGCGGUGAAAUCCGUUCUGAUAGCUGCUGGUAACUUAAAAAUAAAAUAUCCGGAUGUGGAUGAGAAUAUUUUAAUAUUGCGCAGUAUCAAAGACGUCAAUUUACCCAAGUUUCUUAGCGAAGACUUGCCAUUAUUCAACGGUAUCACAUCCGAUCUAUUUCCUGGUGUGAUACUUCCAGCGGCAGAUUAUACCGAUUUGAAUUCAUGUAUCUUUGACGCUUGUACAACGUCCAAUUUGCAAUGUACACCAUGGUUUUUAGAGAAAAUACAUCAAAUUUUUGAAAUGAUGAUCGUUCGUCACGGAUUUAUGAUUGUCGGUUUUCCAUUCGCUGGAAAGACAGCAGCGUAUAAGAUUUUAGCUGCUGCAUUAACCCUUUGCGAAGAGAGGGUAACCCUUUACUUGUUAUAAAUGCAAAACUGGAUUUAUACNNCCAAGGCAAUUACGUUGGGUCAGUUGUACGGUCAAUUCGAUCCUGUGUCUUACGAAUGGACUGAUGGUGUUUUGGCAAUUAGUUAUCGUGCUUUCGCAACAUCGACCACUCCAAAUCGCAAAUGGUUGAUAUUUGACGGUCCAAUAGACGCGGUAUGGAUAGAAAGUAUGAAUACCGUAUUGGAUGACAACAAAAAGCUUUGUCUAAUGAGCGGAGAAAUUAUCCAAUUAGCACCAUACACCAAUUUAGUGUUCGAGACGAUGGAUUUAGAACAUGCCUCACCGGCAACAGUUUCUCGUUGCGGCAUGAUCUAUAUGGAACCAAAUGAUCUUGGCUGGGAUCCUUUGCUUAAAUCUUGGAUAAAUACUCUUCCUGCUGUUAUAAGUGCAUGGUUAAGAAACUUUAUAUACGAGUCAUUAUUUCGAAGAUUUUGCGAUCCCAUAUUUUAUUGGUUACAUCAGGGUAUUGCCGAAAUAAUGUGUCCUAUGCAGGAUACAAAUCUUGUACGUUCAUUGACCUAUCUGAUGGAUUGUUUUAUCGAAGAAUAUUACGAUGAAAAAAUUGCCAAGAAUAUCGAUGAAUUGGAUCUUCGAGCGCAAAUCGAGGGUUCAUUUUUCUUUUCGUGUAUAUGGGGUUUGGGAGGUAACUUGCACACAAAAUCAAGAGAAAGCUUUAGCAAUCUCUUCCGUGGUUUUCUCGAAAAAACUUUUCCUCCUGAUUUGAUAGAAAGUUAUAAGUUGAAAGUCCCGAUAGAUCCACCUUUAAAGCCAUAUAUAUUUCUUAUGCCACGACAUGGUCUGAUCUUUGAUUAUAGAUUUAUCAAAGAGGGCAAAGGAAAAUGGAAACUAUGGUCCGACGAUUUGAUCGACACUCCACCAAUCCCUCGAGACAUACCUGUGAACCAAAUAAUAGUGCCUACUGUCGAGACGAUACGAUAUAUAACUUUGUUUCGUCUAUUAGUAGGGAAUAAAAAACCUGUGUUGCUCGUGGGUCCAACCGGAACAGGAAAAUCAGUUUAUGUAAUCGAUUUUCUAUUGAAGAAAAAUAAUCCUCAGGACAAUAAACCGUUGAUCAUAAAUUUUUCCGCGCAAACUACGGCGAAUCAGACUCAAGACACAAUUAUGGGAAAAUUAGAUAGACGACGAAAAGGUGUUUACGGGGCACCGAUAGGCAAAAAAUGGAUCAUUUUUGUUGAUGAUCUUUCAAUGCCAUUGAAAGAAAUUUAUGGAGCGCAACCUCCAAUCGAGUUGUUACGACAAUGGCUAGAUCACGGAGAAUGGUUCGAUAGAAAAGAAAGGACUAUGAUAAAACUGAUCGAUGUACAGUUAAUGUGUGCCAUGGAUCGACCGUAUCGUGGUGGAAAAGAUGUUACACCUCGAUUUAAAAGGCACAUGGUCGUUUUAGGAAUAUCAGAGUUUGAAGACGAAGUAAUGUUUACGAUAUUUAGUAAAAUCUUUCUUUGGCAUCUUGAAACAAGAGGAUUCAGCAAGGAUUUUGAUCCAUGUAUGGAAGAAGUUGUUUUGGGUACGUUAGAUAUGUAUAAGGAAAGUCUGGCUAAUCUUUUACCAACUCCAGCCAAAUGUCAUUAUGUCUUCAAUCUUCGUGAUUUCUCCAAAGUGAUACAGGGCGUGCUAUUGUCAGUCCCAGAAACUACACCAACUAUAUUCUGCAUGAGGAGACUUUGGGUUCAUGAGAUACUUCGAGUGUUUGGAGAUCGUUUAAUAGAUCAAUUCGAUAUUUCUUGGCUUGUGAGGCAAAUACGCGUUACUCUAACAAACCGAAUGUUCAUGGAUAUGGAUGACUUGUUUGAAGAUCUUAUUACUUCACGCGACAAACCUGAAUUAAUCACCGACUUAGAACUUCGGAAUUUAAUAUGUUGCGACUUCGCGGACACGAAAGCGGAGAUACGACUUUAUCAAGAAGUUAAGAAUCUUGAAGAGUUACGAGAAGUAGUAGAAAAUUAUUUGUCUGAAUAUAAUACGGUGUCGAGAAAGCCGAUGAAUUUAGUCUUAUUUCGAUAUGCCAUCGAACAUUUGUCACGAAUUUGUCGUAUUAUCAAACAACCACGAAGUCACGGACUUCUUGUCGGAGUUGGAGGUACAGGAAGACAAUCGUUAACUAGGUUAGCUUCACAUAUAUGCGAUUAUGAGGUUUUCCAAGUUGAAGUCACUCAACAAUACGGAAUGGCCGCAUGGCACGAGGAUGUAAAAGCAAUUUUAAGACGCGCCACUGCCACUGAUCUUCACUCUACCUUUCUCUUUUCCGACACCCAAAUUAAAGAGGAAAGUUUCCUCGAAGAUAUGAGUAAUUUGCUUAAUUCUGGAGAGAUACCAAAUAUAUUUAACAUCGAUGAACUAGCAGAAAUAUACGAACAAAUGAAGCAAAUAGAUAGACAGCGGGAUCGAGCACUACAAACGGAUGGAAGCGCGGUGGCUCUGUUCAAUCUUUUUGUUCAGAUAACACGUGAUCAACUUCACAUCGUAAUAGUAAUGUCUCCUAUAGGAACUAAUUUCCGCAAUAGGAUCAGAAAAUUUCCGGCACUAGUGAAUUGUUGUACCAUUGAUUGGCUUCAGCCAUGGCCGCCAGAUGCACUGCUAGCAGUUGCAACUAGAUUUUUAUCAGCGAUAGAACUUACGGAUAAUGAAAGAAACGCCGGUAUCGACAUGUGCCAAUAUUUUCAUGUUUCCACCGAAAAUUUGAGCACAGAAUUCUUAAAUCGGUUAGACAGAAAUGUUUAUGUCACUCCAACUUCGUAUCUUGAAAUGAUAAAUACAUUUAAAGAUUUGUUAACCAAAAAACGAGAGGAAAUAAUAAACGCGAAAAAUCGAUACGAACGUGGUUUAGAACAAUUAGACGAUACGCAAAAACAAGUCGUAAUGAUGCAAGAUAUGCUUAAGUUAUUACAACCGCAAUUAAUAACCGCCACUCAAGACGUUGAAAGGAUGUUGCUCGAGGUUGAAAAAGAAAGUCACGAUGUUGAAGAAUUUGAGAAAAUUGUAAAAAUUGACGAAGCUGCAGCCGCGGUUUACGCAAAUGAAGCGGCCGCAAUUAAAGCUGAAUGUGAUGCCGAUUUGGCUCAAGCAUUGCCGAUUCUAAGACGUGCACAAAGUGCUUUGGAUACUUUGACAACAGCCGAUAUUGCUAUAGUAAGAGCAAUGAAGAAACCACCGGGAGGAGUGAGAUUAAUCCUCGAAAGUGUCUGUGUCCUCAAGCAAAUCAAACCAGAACGAGUUCAACAACCUGACGGUACAUAUAUCGACGAUUAUUGGAGAUCGUCUCUGAGAAUGUUGAGCGAUGCAAGAUUUCUCGAUUCGUUGCUCAAUUUUGACAAGGAUAAUAUCCCCGAUCACGUGAUUGAAAGAAUCCGGAAACAAUAUUUGACCAAUCCGGAUUUCGAUCCUGAAAAAAUAAAGAAAGUAUCUACGGCAUGCGAGGGAUUGUGUCGAUGGGUGUUUGCAAUGUCGGAAUACGAUAUAGUGACGAAAAUGGUUGCUCCCAAGAGGAAAGCUCUGGCACAGGCGCAGAGCGUUUACGACAAAGCUAUGGAAACUUUGGAAGCGAAACAAAAACAACUUCGACAAGUACAGGAAAAAUUAAAAAUAUUGGAAAAUCUUUUGGAAGAAAGGAGAAUAGCUUUUCAAGAAAUGUCCGAAAAAGUAGCGGAUUGCGAAACAAAAUUAAAACGUGCGGAAGAUUUAAUUGGAGGAUUAGGCGGAGAAUACACGCGUUGGUAUGAAACUGCAAUAGCUUUGGGAGAAAGAUAUCAUCGAUUAAUGGGUGAUAUUAUAAUUGCUUCUGGUGUGAUUGCAUAUUUGGGCCCUUUCACAAUGCCUUUUCGAAUUCAACAAAUUGUUCUAUGGGUAGAACGAUGUACCAAUUUACAAGUGAUUUGCACUUCAGAUUUUCAGCUACGUGAUAUACUUGGAGAUCCAGCUUUAAUUAGAUCUUGGAAUAUUUUUGGACUUCCAAACGAUGCAUUUUCCAUCGAUAAUGGCAUUAUUAUUAAAAAUUCAAGAAGAUGGCCAUUGAUAAUAGAUCCUCAAGGUCAAGCCAAUAGAUGGAUAAAAAAUAUGGAAAAAGAGAAUAAUUUGAAUAUCAUUCGAUUAACUCAAGCUGAUUAUGGACGAGCGUUGGAAAAUGCAUUGCAAUUUGGACAGCCAGUACUGUUAGAGCAUAUUGGCGAAGAAUUGGAUGCUAUACUUGAACCGAUUUUACUUAAGGAAACGUUUAAACAAGCUGGUGCGAUCUGUAUAAAAUUUGGUGAUGCGAUUAUUGAAUACAAUGAUAACUUUAGAUUCUAUAUCACUACGAGAUUAAGAAAUCCACAUUAUCUACCAGAAAUAGCAGUUAAAGUAACGCUAUUGAAUUUCAUGAUAACACCAACAGGAUUAGAAGAUCAAUUAUUGGGUAUUGUUGUAGCAAAGGAAAGACCAGAUUUGGAAUCGGAAAAAAAUAUUUUGAUUGUGCAAGGAGCCGCGAACAAGAAAUUAUUAAAAGAAACAGAAGACAAAAUUUUGGAAGUAUUAUCAGCAGCUGAAGGUAAUAUAUUAGAGGAUGAAGAAGCGAUAAAUAUUUUAACAUCGUCUAAAAAUUUAAGCGACGAAAUUCAAAUAAAACAAACGGUAGCUGAACAGACAGAAAAGUCAAUCGACAAAGCCAGAUUGGAAUAUACACCUAUCGCAAUAUAUUCAACCGUAUUAUUUUUUACCACUGCUAUGUUAAUAAGUAUCGAUCCAAUGUAUCAAUAUUCAUUAUCAUGGUUCGUAAAUUUAUUCGAAUUGGCUAUUGAUCAUACAGAACCAGCGGAUAGUGUUGAAACUCGACUAAGAGAUCUUACAAAAUAUUUCACAUAUUCUCUUUACGCAAAUGUUUGUAGAUCUUUAUUCGAGAAAGAUAAGCUAUUGUUUUCUUUCUUAUUGACGAUCAAUUUGCUAGAACAACGAGGACAAAUUUCUCGAGCACAUUGGGGAUUUUUACUAUCGGGUGGACUCGCUAUCGAAAACCCACAUAUAAAUCCAACAACAUGGCUACCGACUAAACAAUGGAAUGAAUUAUGCAAUCUUGAUGAUGUCGAAAAUUUUGUGGGUAUUCGAGUAACAUUUACCAAAUAUACUAAAGAGUGGAAAGAAUUAUUCGAUUCUAGAGAACCGCAAAAUGCAGAUAUCCCUUACCCAUUUCACGAUGUGAAUCUAUUUAAAAGAUUGUUGAUAUUAAGAUGCAUUCGUCCUGAUAAGAUCAUUCCCGCAGUGCAAAAUUUUGUAGCAGAUGAACUUGGCGAACAAUUUAUUAUACCGCCACCAUUCGAUUUGGCCUCAUCUUAUGCUGAUUCGAACAGCUGCAUUCCAUUGAUAUUCAUAUUAACACCUGGUACAGAUCCAGCGCAAUUAUUACUCUCGUUUGCAAAUGAACAAGGUUUCGGCGUGAGUCGUCUUUUUUACAUUUCUCUUGGUCAAGGACAAGGACCAAUUGCCGAAGAAAUGAUUCAAUCAGCUGUUAUUGUUGGUAAUUGGAUCGUUUUGCAAAACUGUCAUUUGGCAAUUAGUUGGAUGGCAACUUUGGAAAAAAUUUGUGAAGGCUUUAUGCCAGAUACGAUCCAUCCAGAAUUUCGUUUGUGGUUGACGAGUUAUCCGUCGGAACAUUUCCCCUCCUUGGUUUUGGAAAGCAGUAUAAAAAUGACUAACGAACCACCUAAAGGUCUAAGGGCUAAUAUUAUUAGAUCGUACUUGAGUGAUCCAAUCAGCGAUCCAGACUUUUUCGAAUCUUGCAUACAAACCGAAUAUUUCAAAAAACUUCUUUACUCCUUGUGUUUCUUCCAUGCUGUGAUUCAAGAGAGAAGAAAUUUUGGUCCAAUUGGUUGGAAUAUUACGUACGAAUUCAAUGAGACCGAUCUUCGAAUUAGCGUUUUACAAUUACAUCUUUUUCUCGAUGAAUUCCCGGAUGUGAGAUUCGAUGCACUCAAGUAUUUGACCGGAGAAUGUAACUAUGGUGGAAGAGUAACAGAUAGUUGGGACCGCAGAACUUUAAUUACUAUUUUGACGAAAUUUUAUUGCGAGAAGCUGCUUACUGAUAAACGUUAUUAUUUCGAUGAUACUUCAACGAUUUAUUAUUGUCCACUUGUAAGAGAAUAUGAAGCUUUUUUGGAAUACACAAAGAAUUUACCCUUAAUCACCCCACCAAGUGUCUUUGGUAUGAACGAAAAUGCGGAUAUUAUUAAAGAGCAACAAGAAACAGAUCUUUUAUUUUCGUCACUUCUAUUAACUCAGGAUCGUUUGGAUCUCUGGCAAUUAGAACAGGAAAGAAUUAAAACUGGAACAGGAGAAGACAUUAAUAAUGAAAUAGUACUUAGAAUGGCGAAUGAUAUUUUAAAAAAAUUACCGGAAGAUUUUAAUCUUGCAGCAGCUCUCAGAAGAUAUCCAAUGUCUUAUAGACAAAGUAUGAAUACUGUAUUAGUACAAGAAAUGGGAAGAUUUAAUAAACUUCUUGGCUAUAUGAGAAUGAGCUUAGAAAAUAUCAUAAAAGCAAUAAAAGGUCUUGUCAUCAUGUCAUUUGAAUUAGAAGAUGUUUAUGACGCAAUUUUAACUAACAAAAUACCUUGUUUGUGGAAACAAUAUUCAUAUCCAUCCUUAAAACCACUUGGUAGUUACGUACUUGAUUUAUUAAAUCGCAUAAUUUUUCUUGAAGAAUGGUAUGAAAAAGGACCACCGGUUGUUUUUUGGAUGUCAGGAUUCUUUUUUACUCAAGCAUUUCUAACAGGAAGUAGACAAAAUUAUGCUAGAAAAUAUCAAAUUCCUAUAGAUCUUUUGGUUUUUGAUUAUUAUGUAUUAAAAUAUGAAAAAGCACCCACAGUUCCUCCUGAUGAUGGAGUAUACAUAUACGGAUUAUUUUUAGAUGGCGCUAGAUUUAAUAAAGAAGAAAUGAUUUUAGAUGAAAGUUUUCCAAAAGUACUUUAUGAACCUAUGCUUCCUAUGUGGUUUAUACCUAUAAAAAAAGAAGAUAUAAAAGAAAGAGCAAUAUAUUCGUGUCCUGUAUAUAAAACUUCUGAAAGACGAGGAGUUUUAUCCACUACCGGACAUUCAACAAAUUUUGUUAUCGCUGUAUCUUUACCUACAUUAAAAUCAUCAGAACAUUGGAUUUUGAGAGGAGUCGCGCUA